CUGUUAUCUCAUCUAAUCCUUUUCAUGAUAUUUUGUAUCUUUGCAAUGAUGUCAUGAUCGAUCCUAUAGGAUCAAUGACAUCAGUUACACUUAACCAAAAUAGGACAGUUGCAGACUUGCGUCCCUUUCCUCCUUUCGUGCUAUUUGACGAUAUUCAAGGUUUCAAUAACUUACCACAAGUAAAGAGUGUCUUUGCGAGGGUAGUUGUUAAGUUUCCUAGGCAUCGUAAUAGUCAACACUUCAUCCUACAGGACAUCACUGGAGCCAAAAUCGAAGCAAUUUCAAACGGCAAUAAUGUCGAACGGUUCGACGUCUUACUCAAACAAGGAUACACAUAUACAUUGUAUAAAGUGGCAUUCUGUCUAAACUGGGCGGAGGUUCAAUUUCGGAAUAUUGCGCAUGGGCUAGAGUUGGGAUUGAUAACACAUACUAUUGUGGAGCCAUUCACUAAACCAAUUCAAUUUCCUCCAUUUCCAAAAUAUCUUAUGCCAUUUCAUGAUGUUUACCAACAACCGCAUAAGACGUUCGUAGACAUUAUUGGCAUAGUUGUUCAUUUGGAGCCAUUAAAGUAUAUCGGUGGAAGGCCAUACAGAGAGGCUGUACUAAUGGAUUCCAGGUGGAAUCUAAUUGUCAUGGGGGUAUGGACCGAUCUCCUGCAGAGAAAUGCUCUACGAUGGGCAUUAGCUAAAGUUGACAAGAAUAUAAUUAUUGCAACAAUGAUGCGUCGUAACAAUAAAUACAGUAAUUUCUCCUAUACCUAGCAUCUUUCAACAUAUAUUCAAUUUUCAUGUUUAUUAUUAAUUCUAUACUAUAAAUAACAAUAGGAUG